AUGCCUCUCCCACAGCUGCUUGUUGGCAAAGUCGCUGCCAUCACUGGCGGCCUCACAGGCAUCGGACGGGCCAUCGCCCUCGAAUACCUCCGCCAUGGAGCCAAAGUAUCAAUUAGCCAUCUGGGCGGCUCAAAAGAAGAUGACUUGCUGGCGGCAUUGCAGAAAGACGUGAACGAGAUCGAAGCAGGGGCAGACAAAACACGAUUCCUCGCAGUAGCGGGCGACAUCUCAUUGCCAGAUACAGGACGAGAAUUUGUAGCAAAGACAGUCGAAAAGUUCGGUCGACUAGACGUGUUUGUGAGCAACGCCGGCGUGUGCCAAUUCGCCGAGUUCCUAGAACUGGAGCCACCCUUGCUCAAUCAUACAAUCUCCACGAAUCUCUCCGGCGCCUUCUAUGCUACGCAGGCCGCGGCACGGCAGAUGGCCUUGACGCAAUCUCCACCGGGUGGUUCCAUUAUCGGCGUCAGUUCCAUCUCUGCUCUCGUUGGAGGCGGGCGGCAGACACACUAUACGCCUACCAAAGCCGGUGUACUGAGCCUCAUGCAAUCGUGCGCGGUGGCAUUGGGGAAAUAUGGCAUUCGUUGCAAUGCGCUGCUACCCGGGACUAUCCGCACACAGUUGAAUGAUGCCGACAUGGCGGACCCCACAAAACGCACAUAUAUGGAGGGCCGAAUCCCGCUGGGGAGACUCGGCCAGCCGCCGGACUUGGCUGGGCCCGCGGUGUUUUUGGCGUGUGAGGAGCUGAGUAGCUAUGUUACCGGAGCACAGAUUCUGGUUGAUGGUGGGCUUUUCGUCAAUCUGCAGUGA